AUCACUCCGAAUUUCCUUUGUUACUCCCUUCUAAUCUAUGUCUGUCACAAUCUGAAUAGUUAUCCAAACCGUGUGGAAGGUUGGGAAGGAUGGCAUCGAUGCGGGAAUCAGCCUAGUGCCUGUCUCCAUUCCAAGGCCCAUUGCCAGAGUUUCAGUGACCGUUGCUCUGCUCACUGUUUCUUUCAUUCUGCUGAAAUCAUUCUUGUCUACAGCGUUCUUUGCCCUGGCUACGAUGGGGCUGGUAUAUUUCCUGUUCAUUGCCUUCAACAAAGAUCAAGGUCCCAAAGGAGGCAGAGUCUCGGACGCUCCGACUUUUUCAUCAGAGGAGGCUGUAAAGGAAGCUCGAAGAAUAAUGGAGAAGUACAAUAAAUAGUCCUGGCGCAGGCUUAGCAGCAGCAAUGAAGGAAUGUUUUUCUCUCAUAUAUUGGUGUCAUAGGAGGAGAAGAGCUAUUGGCUGGUGGAAGACGAAGUACACGCCGAAAAAGCUGGCCUCAUAUCUUCAACUGGAGGUUCAUGAUCAGCCUAGAAGCUCAAAUAUCUGAAAGGCUCCUUCUUGGUAUUAGAUCAGGUGUAUCAUAGAUUUGCUGUUCCUUACAUCUUUAUAUUACUAAUACAAGCGCUUCUACAGAUUUGGGUCAAUGCCACUCCUGACAAUACACUCCCCAUUGUUUCGAAAUGGGCUUCUAUUUAUUUCCUUGUAUUUGUUUGCUCACACCUUCAUUGUCAGAUUGAGGACAUACAUGACGAACAAAUUGCAUAAAGCUGAUCACAUAACCGAGUAGGAUGUUCUGUCCAUUAUUUUUCUUAUAUAUUACUUCUCCAUAUCAAUAACACAUCGCAGGCCCUCCCCCUUCAGCAUCAAGUCAAAGGCCUUGUUGAUUUCUGAGAAAGGCACUCGAUGAGUUAUGAACUUGUCGACAUCCAGCUU